AUGGGGUCUGCAAAACUGCUGUCCAGCAAUAAGACCUCCCAGAUUCUCGCCAAAGCUGAGAAGGGUGGGUAUGGGGUCAUUGCAGCCAUAGCAUACAACAUUGAGCAGAUCUUGGCACUUGUUCGCGCAGCAGAAUCGACUCGUGCGCCAUUGAUAUUACAAUUCUUUCCUUGGGCAAUAACCUUCAGCAAUGGUCUUCUCGUUGAGACUGCUGCGAUAGCAGCAAGAUCAUCAACAGUUCCGAUAUCAAUACACCUUGAUCACUGCCAAAACGAGGACAUGGUCCGCCACGCAGCCGACAAUCUUCCCUUCGACUCAAUAAUGGUUGAUAUGUCGCACCAUGAGAAAGCUGAGAACCUGGCCAAAACUAAGGAGCUCGUCGCUUACUGUCACGAGCGUGGUAUCGCGACUGAAGCCGAGCCCGGACGCAUCGAGGGUGGCGAAGACGGGAUUGCUGACACAGCUGACCUAAGUGGCAUGCUAACGACGCCGGAAGAGGUUGAGGAAUUCAUCGACACUGGCGUUGACUUUCUCGCACCCGCUUUCGGCAAUGUCCAUGGCGAGUAUGGAGAGCGGGGACCGGUAUUGGAAUAUGAUCGACUGGAGUCCAUCUAUGCGUAUUGUAAGAAGAGGGGUGUGAGGGUCGUUCUCCACGGGACCAACGACUUUCCCGAAGAUGUCAUGUCGAAAUGUAUCAAAGGCGGUGUCUCUAAGAUCAAUGUCAACAAGCUGGUUCUUGACGAUUACAAUGAGUAUCUCAGGGCAGCGGCACCUUCGACGCCGCUCACGAGGUUAAUGGAGGAAGGUGUCGACAAGGUGGUCGCGCUGACGGAGCUAUGGAUGCAUAGGUGCGGUAGCGCAGGGAAAGGUUGA